AUGGCGGACUACGACCGACGACAGUCUGGUGGCGGCGGCUACAAUAAUCGCAAGCGGCGCUACAGAGAUGACGACGAGUACGAUCGCCGGCCACAGCGCCGUCGCUACGAUGCGCCGGUCCCAGUUCGCAUACGCAAGCAACUGCUGGGCCUCGCCGAGUCUCCCCUUCGACGCUGGCACGAGGAGGUACAGUCGAUCGCGCAGGUCAUUGCCGAGAACUACGAGGAGCAAGAGCUUCGAACGAGCUUCCUAGACCUUGUGCCCCAGAUGGUCAUCGAACAACCGCUCAAGGUCCCCUUCGUAGCAGCUGUCGUACUGCUUGUCAACUCGAUUAAGCCUGAGAUCAUCGACGAGCUCCUUGCUCGCGUCGCGAGCGAUACCGAGGAAAAGGUCAAGGUCGGCGAAUGGCGCGACGUGAAGCUCUACCUCAAGUUCCUCGCAUGCUUACAAGGCUGCCUCGAGGGUGAUGGCCUGUUCCCGCUGUUGGAGGAGCUCUUUAGCCGUGCUGUGGACUUGCAGACGGCCAGCUCCGACGAUACCAUCGGAACCGAACUAGUCAAGAUCAUCCUCCUCACCAUACCGUAUAUCCUGGCAGCCGCCCCUACUGCGCAGUCGCAACAGAAAGCCGCCGAACUCAUGGACAAGACCGACGUCAUUGCCUCGGAGCCGCAUGCUCUACAGGUCCUCAUUGACCCUUAUCAUGUCAGCGAUGGAAGCGACAGCCCGACGGCUAACAUGAGUCUGGUUGGUCUGCUUCAGAAACAGCUCCAGAACGAGGCGACCAGCGGCUGGGAGCUCUCUUGUCUCCCCAGGCCGUGGCAGAUGCCCCUCGAGGAGAUCGAGCAGCAGGAGAAACUCGAUAGCGCGCAAAAGCACACGCUACCCGGUAUAUCCAUCCCCGAGAAGGUCAUCACGGGCCCGCGCCCUUUGUUCCCCGAGGUCUUUUACUCGGUCUAUGUGAACCAGGAAAUCGCAUCCGUUCCACCCGUCAGCAGCAUUGCAUCGUCCAUCAUUCGAGAUGCGCUAUCCGACACCAUCAACAUCCUACACUUCAACCGCAACGCCACCGCCCGAUUUCUCAUAGACGUAGACUGCUAUUUUGCCCCGGGCACUUUCGUCAAGCGCGCUACACCAUUCGACCGAUUACGGGAUAUUGAGGGCGACCGUUCAACCUGGAAACCCGAGGACGUUGCCGUGGAUGCCGUCUUCUCGCAGCUUUUUCAACUGCCGACCCCCGAGCACAAGCUUGUCUACUUCCAUUCAGUUCUCACCGAGGCCUGUAAGAUUGCCCCAGCUGCAAUCGCUCCUAGUUUGGGUCGAGCAAUCCGGUACUCUUACAUGAACACCUACCGACUGGACCUUGAACUGACCUACCGUUUCCUGGACUGGUUUACCCAUCAUCUCAGCAACUUUGGGUUCAUGUGGAAGUGGACCGAGUGGGUUGAUGAUGUGAAUCUGCCGGAUAUGCACCCAAGCAAGGCGUUCAUUAUGGGAGCCUUGGACAAGGAGAUUCGCCUCAGUUUUGCCCAGCGUAUCAAGGGUACCUUGCCUGAGCCAUACCAAGCACUGAUCGGUCCCGAGAAGGAACAAGAUACCCCUGAGUUCAAGUUCAACGAUGACCAUACACCAUUCGCUGCGGAAGGCAAGGAACUUGCCGCGCUUCUCAAACGCAAAGCCCCAGAUGACGAGAUCCAACCUGUAAUCGAUCGCAUUCAUUCUGCAGCACUCGACCAAUCCAUCGAUCCUCUUGUCUCCAGCACCGACGUUUUCAUGACGGCUGUGUGCUGGGUUGGAUCCAAGUCCCUAAGCCACGUGCUCGCUUGCAUAGAACGCACCAAGGACAGGCUCCUCGAUGCUGGCGCAGCAUCAGAAGCCGCAAGAGCGCAGAUAAUAACCGCAGUCAUGAGCUAUUGGUCAGCUCAUCCAGGCGUUGCGAUUAACAUCGUCGAGAAGCUGCUGAAUUAUUCGAUCGUUACACCUGCUGCCGUCAUCGAUUGGGCUCUAGUUAGCGAUCGCGCAGGCCCGUAUGGCGAGGCACUGAGCAAGGCUUGGGUAUUCGAGCUGGUCUUCAACACUGUCGUCAAAGUCACAGGCCGCCUUCGCCAGGUUGUGAGUGGGGAGAUGGGCGAAGGCGCGGUGGAGGAAGUUGCGGCAAUGCGCGAUCUCUUCAAAAGGAUGGACGAUGCCCUGGUCAGCUGGGCCCAAGGAACCAAGGACCAGAUGAUGGAUCCGGUGGUGUCUGACGGCGGCGAAGACCUUGUCAAACGAUGGGGCGAGAGAUGGUUGCGAGUGUUCAGACGAAGAUCGGCUAUCGAGGAGUCCUUCUUGGCCGAGAGCAAAGUUACGGCUUGA